GUGCUAGUUGACGCAUGGAGGAGCCGUUAGGGUUACAUACAGUAAUACAGGUACAGUGACAACGGAAGUUUAUAAACUCGCACACAUGGCGAAGCAAAGCUCCAUUUUCAAAUUUUUCACCAAGUCUCCGCCGCCGGUGUCCAAGACGAAGCCGAAGCCGAAGCCCUCACCGACCGAGGCGGACCUGCCUUCCUCGGUAGUGAAGUCCAACUCCUCUCCGAAAGAGCAAGCUAAGCAGACACCACAACAACCGACCAAGACCAACAAAACCAAGCAGAAAAGUAACGACAAGUCCUCGAAAGGGGGAUUUAGCAAACUAUUUGGCGACAAGGCCGCAGCAGCUAAACAGAGCAACACAUGCGCAUUCAGUGCUGGUGCCCUUGUGUGGGCAAAACUGGAGGGACACCCCUGGUGGCCAUGCAUGGUGGUGCCCCAACCUCUGACAGGACAGCAGAUGAGGGGCCGCGGUCGGAGCCAGCGCAUACAUGUCCACUUCUUUGAUGAACCCGCUACUCGAGGAUGGGUCAGCACCAAAUUCAUCAGAGAGUACCAAGGUUCUGACAGCAGUGAUGCUAAAACGGGAGGGGUGUUCUUCAGCGGCAAACCUUCAAUCCGUCGUGCAGUGGAGCUUGCUGAUGAAGUUAUGUUUGACAGCCCUGAAAAAAGACUAAAGAUGCCUGUCUGCAUGGAUCCGUCUGAUGAGGAGGAGGAGGAGGAUGAUGAAGAGGAUGAUGAGGAGGAAGAAAUGGAGCUUGACAAGUCAAUAACGACUGAUGAAGAGGGCAGUGAUGAGGAAGAACAGAAAAAUGAGAAAGUGAAGUCGUCCAAGGUCAGCCUGCGUUCAUCCCUUGCUUCAACUGAAGAGGGAAAUAAGGCCAAGCGCCGCCGCAUAAUUGUAGCUUCCGACAGUGAUGGAUCAGAUGAGGAAUUCAAACCAGAAAAACAGGCUGCGUCCAGCAGUGAGGAAGAGGAGGAGGUAGCGACGGUGAGCAGCGACGAAGAGAGCGCACAUGAGUCAGACGCAGAAAGCCCCAUCAAGCCUGUGAAGCGCAAACGCCCGGCAGAAAAGCCUGCUUCUACAAAACCUAAGGUGCCCACCACCCCGUCCAGCGCUCCAAAACGAGCUCCAGCAGCCAUCCCAGUCGACACAAAGUCCCGUCUGUCGGCCUUCUCCGCAACCGACAGCUUUGAGAGCCAGGCAAACGGAUCCGGCGCCAGUGGAGGCGCCACAGUUUGGGACCAUGAGAAGCUGGAGUGGUGCCAGGAUGGAAGGAGGAAAGACAGACGAAGGCGGCGACAGACGGAGGACGACUACGAUCCCUCCACCCUGUACGUGCCAGAAGACUUUCUCAACAGAGUUACUCCUGGUAUGCGUCGGUGGUGGCAGCUCAAAUCCGAGAUGUUGGACACGGUCAUUUUCUACAAGGUGGGGAAGUUUUAUGAACUCUACCACAUGGACGCCGUGGUCGGAGUCAACGAGCUGGGACUAACUUUCAUGAAGGGGACCUGGGCGCACUCGGGCUUCCCAGAGAUCGGCUUCGGUCGGUUCUCAGACGGUCUGGUCCAGAAGGGCUACAAGGUGGCUCGGGUGGAGCAGACCGAAACUCCAGAUAUGAUGGAGGCCCGCUGCAAGAAAAUGGCUAAGCCCACAAAGUAUGACCGCGUGGUGAGAAGAGAAGUGUGCCGCAUCAUCACUCGUGGUACCCAAACCUACAGCGUGUUGGACGGUGCUCCUUCUGAGAGUCAGAGCAAGUUCCUGCUGAGUUUAAAGGAAAAGGCCGAGGAGGAAAGCUCAGGUUGUUGCCGUAGCUACGGAGUCUGCUUUGUAGAUACCUCUGUGGGUUGUUUUUAUGUCGGUCAGUUCCCAGAUGAUCGCCACUGCUCACGUCUGCGCACCCUGAUAGCACACUUCUCCCCCGCCGAAGUGCUCUUUGAAAAGGGGAACACGUCCGUUGAAACGCGCAAAAUACUCAAGGCCUCCCUGUCCUCUGCUCUGCAGGAAGGACUCAACGCAGGCUCCCAGUUCUGGGACGCUCAAAAGACCCUGAAAACCCUUUCAGAAGAAGAUUACUUCAGAGAGACUGCUGGCGAGGAUCAGGAGAAGGGGACCAACUUUCUUCCUGCUCUUCUAAAAAAGAUGACCUCUGAGAGUGAUUCGCUGUGCCUCACCCCUAAAGAGGGCUAUGAGCUGGGACUGUCGGCCCUGGGCGGAUGCAUUUUCUACCUGAAGAAAUGUCUCGUCGACCAGGAGCUGCUCUCUUUGGCCAACUUUGAAGAAUAUGUCCCUGUUGAUGUUGAGCUGGAGAAAGCUGCUGGACCUGCCAGUUUCUUUGCCCAGACUCGUCAGCGGAUGGUCCUUGAUGGAGUGACUCUGGCCAACUUGGAAAUCUUUCAGAAUGGGUCAGGAGGAACCGAAGGGACCCUGCUGGAGCGUCUGGACACCUGCUCCACCCCGUUUGGCAAGAGGCUUCUGAAGCAGUGGCUCUGCGCUCCUCUGUGUAACCCCACGUCCAUCAAGGACAGACUCGAUGCAGUGGAGGACCUGAUGGGGGCUCAGGCCCAGGCUACUGAGGUUUCAGACCUGCUGAAGAAGCUCCCGGAUCUGGAGCGUCUUCUGAGUAAAAUCCACAGCAUCGGCACUCCUCUGAAGGGCCAGGACCACCCUGACGGCAGAGCAGUUCUCUAUGAGGAGGUCACCUACAGCAAGCGCAAGAUAGCGGACUUCCUCUCCGCUCUGGAAGGUUUCAAAACUAUGCAGGAGAUCAUCACCGUCCUCGCUCCAGUGUCGGGUGAAUCUCAAUCCGCGCUGCUCCGUCAAGUUGCCAGUCUGAAAAGCGACGAGGACGGCCUCUUUCCCGACCUCUCUGCCGAACUCCGGCGCUGGGAGACGGCCUUCGACCACCAGAAAGCCCGCACUACUGGUGUCAUCACCCCCAAAGCCGGCUUUGACCCGGAGUUCGACCAGGCUCAGACAUCAAUCAAGAGCUGCGAACGGGAGCUGCAGGAUUACCUGGAGAGACAGAAGAAGAGGCUCGGCUGUAAGAACAUGUCGUAUUGGGGAACCGGGCGAAACCGCUUCCAGAUGGAAGUGCCUGACAGCGUCUCGGAGAGGAACAUUCCCGAGGAGUACGACGUGAAGUCCACAAAGAAAGGCUGGAAGCGUUAUGUGACCAACGAGACUGAACGGCUGUUCUCAGAGCUGCAAGGAUUCGAGGAGAAGAGAGACGCUUCCCUGAAGGACUGUAUGAGGAGGCUCUUCUACAACUUUGACAAGAACUACAAAGACUGGAAGACUGCGGUGGAGUGCAUGGCAGUGAUCGACGUGCUGCUGGCCUUGUCCCGCUACAGUCAGGGCGGAGACGGGCCGAUGACCAGGCCUCAGGUGGUGCUCCCCAAGGGUGACGACCAGGCAUCGACCUUCCUCGACCUCGCCGGAUCGCGCCACCCCUGUGUCACCAAGACCUAUUUUGGCGACGACUUCAUCCCUAAUGACGUCUUUAUCGGCUGCCCUGGUAGCGGUGAAACCGACGAGGGGAAGGAGAACGCCUCCUGUGUGCUCGUCACGGGGCCCAACAUGGGCGGAAAGUCUACUCUCAUGAGACAGUGUGGACUUGUCAUCAUACUAGCUCAGAUGGGUUGCUACGUUCCUGCCGAGAGCCUGCGCUUCACACCAGUCGACAGGGUCUUCACUCGGCUGGGAGCCUCUGAUCGUAUCAUGGCUGGAGAGAGUACCUUCUUUGUGGAGCUAAGUGAGACUGCCAGCAUCCUGCACCAUGCCACUAAACACUCGCUCGUGCUCCUGGAUGAAUUAGGAAGGGGCACGGCCACAUAUGAUGGCACAGCGAUCGCCAGUGCUGUCGUGAAGGAGCUCGCUGAGAAGAUCUGCUGUCGUACGCUCUUCUCCACACAUUACCACUCCCUGGUGGAGGACUAUGCCAACAACCCUGCUGUUAGGUUGGGCCACAUGGCGUGCAUGGUGGAGAACGAAUGCGAGGAUCCGAGUCAAGAGACCAUCACAUUCCUCUACAAGUUCAUCACUGGCGCUUGUCCGAAGAGUUACGGGUUCAACGCGGCUCGACUCGCCAGCCUGCCUGAGGAGGUCAUCCAAUCAGGACACAGGAAGGCCAAAGAGUUUGAGAAGAGCACCAUCAGCCUCAGACUCUUCAAGAAGCUCUGCCAGUUUGCUGAAGAUGCUACACUGGACAACACACACUUUUCUUCACUUGUUCAGAUGCUCAACACCGUGUAGUUUUGUAAAACACAUCCUUUGUUCCUGCUGAAUGUUUGUUAUCUCAGCACUUGAAAAAACACUACUGUAAUGAUCUAAUAAAGUUUAUUUUUUAAAAAUGACAAUGUUUCAUCUAGGAAAUUAAACCCCUUUUUAAUUCACGCUAGCGCCUACAUAACGGUUAUUGAAUACUUCACAAUAUAUUAAGUCUAGAUGUUAUGAUACAUGCAUACAUUUCAGUCUGUAUGAGAACCCACAAUCACCAGUACACAUGAAUGGGGAGGAGAGGAGAGGGGGAGGGGGGCAAUGAAACCAUAUAGCGCUGUGUAUAGAUACUUGUCUCAGCUUCAGCAGAGUAAAAGCCUUUUCAAUUCUCCAGCAACAUCGGCAAACAACGGAAAACACGUCAGAAGUAGCUGUGCUUUCACAAGACUCGUUUUGGUCGGAAAUAAAUUGUGUCUCUUAACAGGCCGCAGCAUUCGUGCCUGUUAUUUAGGAGGAACAUAAAACCACAUUGAUUCUAAGAUGUAGGUUUUAUUUUUUUUAAAUCUACAUAACUGAAAUCGAUAGCAGUUAGGCAAUGUACCACGAGUUACAACAAUCGAAAUGUUUCUUAACGGAUUCAUUUUAAUGCCUUUUAUUAUUUGAAGAGGAAAAAAGCAAAGCUGGUAUUUUAAGAUUACCAUGGGGUCAUGUGGCUAAACAAACUACACCCCUAAAUUGUUUUUCAACUGCAGCCUUGAGUCAAAAUGCUUUAUUUUGGCCCACAUCUCUUCCUGUAGGUUGGAGUUUUUGUGACGGGCCAAUACGAACAGAGAAUAAACACAAAAUAUGCAUAGAUUAUGUAAAAUGGGAACAACUGUUCAGCUCCCAUACAGAAACAAACGUUUAUGAUGCUACUCCAAACAAAUAUAUACAUACAAGUCUGGUGAAAGCACAUUUCAGCAUCUAUAGUUCGGUAUUGCAAAUGUAAAUGAGUCAACAUUGCUGGAGAAAAUGUUUAGUGUUUUCCUCUUUUUUUUCUCUUUCACAGAAAGAAGUUAGAUACUGGGACAUGUAUAAUUACAGCUAUUCUAGGAUAUAUAACAAAAAAAAAAAAAAAAAUGAACACAUUUAAUAAAAUAAAGACAUUCAAGUACAGUAAGAUUUUUG